ACGUAACGGGAGAUAACUCUUGUGGCAGUCGUGUCGAAGACUGAAUUGUGUUGAAUGCGAAGGGUCAAGUCCCUGGGAGAGAGCAUAUGUUAUCUGCACAUCACUGGAAACACCCCCAAUCAUGACGACAGUAAAGGUUGGAAUAAUAGGAGGCUCUGGCCUGGAUAAUCCUGACAUAUUGGAAAACAGAGAAGAAAAGCAUGUUACAACUCAAUUUGGAAAGCCUUCAGAUAGCCUGGUCCUUGGAAAUAUAAGUGGCAUUAAAUGCGUCCUAUUGCCCAGACAUGGCAGACAACACACAAUAAUGCCAUCCAACAUAAACUACCGAGCGAAUAUUGAGGCGCUGAAGGCAGAAGGAUGCACACAUCUGGUGGUUACAACUGCAUGUGGGUCUCUACACGAAGACAUGCACCCCGGAGAUAUUGUCCUUAUUGACCAGUUUAUUGACAGGACUCAGAAGAGAGCUCAGACGUUCUAUGAUGGGUCAUCCUCUUCACUGCCAGGCGUCUGCCAUAUUCCCAUGAAUGAACCUUUCUGCUCAAGAACCAGGCAGAUUUUGUCUGGGUGUCUAAAGGAUCUGGGUUACAGGUAUCAUACAACAGGGACAAUGGUGACAAUUGAAGGUCCGCGGUUUUCAUCAAAAGCUGAGAGCAAGAUGUUCCGCUUGUGGGGAGGCGAGGUCAUCAAUAUGAGCACAGUUCCGGAGGUGGUUCUAGCGAAGGAAGCUGGGCUGUGUUAUGCCUCACUGGCUCUUGUUACUGACUACGACUCCUGGCGGGAAGACACAGAGGCGGUAAAUGUUGAAUUAGCUGUAAAGGUUUUCAAGGAGAACGCUGUGAAAGCCAUCAAUGUACUGAAAAAGGCCAUCCCAAGAAUAGCAGCAGAGGACUGGAAGGAGACCAUCGCAGAACAUAAGGAUAUAGCAAAGAGGUCUGUGAUGUUACCACCAGAAAAGUGAACCUGUCAAGAAUACAAAAUCUUCAUUUAUUAAUCAGAGCUCUCAUUCAGAAUACAUGUAUUAAACUUCUUUACAAUU